GCGGCAUUGGCCGGUACUUCCGGCGCGGCACGCCUCUACCGGUCGCCUGCCGAGUGGACGGAGUGCGGUACCAGAGCCCAGCCCGCCUCCCAGCACCUGCUGCGGGCGCGGCAACACCAUGGAGCGCCUUGAUAAAGCGGCGCUGAAUGCGCUGCAGCCGCCCGACUUCAGAAAUGAAAGUUCAUUAGCAUCUACCCUGAAGACGCUCCUGUUCUUCACAGCUCUAAUGAUCACUGUACCUAUUGGGUUAUAUUUCACGACUAAAUCUUAUGUUUUUGAAGGCGCCUUUGGGAUGUCCAAUAGGGACAGCUAUUUUUAUGCUGCUAUUGUUGCGGUGGUCGCCGUCCACGUGGUGUUGGCCCUCUUUGUUUAUGUGGCCUGGAAUGAAGGCUCACGACAGUGGCGUGAAGGCAAACAGGAUUAAAUUGAACAUCACCUUUUGAUAGCAUUGAAUUGAUUUUUAAAAGUGGUAAAUGUGUCUGGGAUAUUGAUGAUUUCAAUAAAGUUGAGAACAUGUUAAAAUCAAUCUGAAGGAGUCACAUUUGACUAGUGUAAAUUUUGAUCCUUCUAAUACAAUGAUUUGUAUCAUCAGUUUUAACUGUAUGAGCCUCUCAUUUGCAAAUGAGCAUUUGGAAAAGUUACGUUGGUCACAAAUAAGUAUGUUAACUUAGUUACACAUUCUGGGAAGAAUUUGAUUUUCUCACAACCAAAAAUGUUUUACAGCAUUUUGUCUUUUGGUUGGUUUUAAGGUUUACUUGUCUGGAUACGUUAAGAUGUACACAGUGAAGGAAAUCUAAACUAUUUUUCACUGGAACGCUUUCCUUACUAUUAUGAAAGUCCUGGGUCAUUGGAUUUUAGGUUGUAAAUUCCCAUGCAAAAUUGCUUGAAUUAUGGAUUUUGGACUUCAUCUGAAUGUCACUGAGAAAUUUUGCCUAAAGUGUAAUCCCUCGUCUAUAGGAAUCUUUUUCAUUACAUUAUUUCAUGGGAAGACUAGGCUGAAUCAUACCCAUUCGUGUAAAAGGACUGGUUUAUUGAAGGAUCUAGGUAGCAAAGCAAAGAGGUAGCUACCUGGGCACUCAGCCUGUGCAGGCUACCCUGUGCUUUUAGGCUAACUUUUUAAUGAUCUGCUUUGCUCUGUCAUUGAACAAUGAAGUAAUGCUUUCAUUACAGGGCUUGUGUAAACUCCCUUUCAGUUUGUUUUUCCUACUUUUUAAUAGUUAUAGGAAUUUACAUUUAAAUCUGUCCGUUUUCACAUAUUUCCUGAAAGUUGAUUAUCUUUAUCAUCCAGGAAGUAUUCUUGGGAUUGCUAGUCAAGUUUUUUUAAUAAGAGCUGUUAUAUCCUUUUUUAAUCAGAGCUGUUAUAUAUAGUUACAUAAUCCUGAGGUCCUAUUUGAUAGAAAGAGACCCUGUGGUUUUAGUUCAGUAUCCUUAAGUCUCUUCUUUCCAGCUACUUGGUACUACUUGUGUGCAGUCUAAAAGCACACCUGGAAAAAUGCAUAUUGAAACAGGAAGAGAAUUUAAAUUCCCUGUGAUGUUGCCACCUAGAGAUAAACACUAUUUUGGUUUAUAUCCCAUGUGCAUUUCCUAAUGCUAGUUCAAUACACUGAACAUUUGGUUUAAGUUCAAAUUCUGCCUGUGUCACCUCACAGCUGUUUGCAUUUUUUUCCCCAGAUGAAUCAUUAUUGGCCAUUUUACUGAAAAAGCACAUUCUACCUUUACUCUUUUUUAUAGGUAGAUAUCUCGUUCCAAUUUCCUGUUACUGGUAAUUCCUAAUACAGUGGCCCUUGCUGUUUUUGCCAUAACUGAUUUGUCUGUUCACCCCUAUUUUUGUUGUGCAACUGGACUAAAGGAAUAGGGAGAUGGUUAGGCAUAAAAGCUAAGUAGGCAUUUGUGUUAAUUGUUGAGAAAAAAUGAAAGAUGACUAUGGUAGGACUAUUAUUUUUGCUUAUAGUUAAAUAAUUAUCUACAGUUUAAAUGUCUUUAAGCAAUUAUUCUAAAUGUAAAGUGUUUUCUUAAAGACUACAGUUUUAGUAUAAAAUUGUACAAAUUUAAUGUAAAAUUGUAGAAUACCCCAGUUUAAGUCUUGGGUACUAUGUGGUAGAUUUCUAAAUGGUUGUCCCUUUAGAUGCCUUGUUAUACUUAGAAUUUUUGUCCACCUAAUUUCUUUUCUAUAAUGCCAAGGUUUUGUACUUUUGAGGUCUCAUGUUGUUUGUAAAAUAUGAAUGUCCAAUGUUAGAUUAUUUUGUUUGAUUUCAGACGUUCGCUGAGUAGAAAAUGAUAUGGGUGUUUUUCUGCAAGUAUUUAAACCAGGGAUUCACGCAAAAGCAGUUGUAAUUUCCUCUUGGAAAAAGUACCAAGUGUUUGAAAGUUAGAAUUGGAUGCUAGGGUUGAUAUUUAGGAUUGUUAAAAUACAGACUUGUUUUCAAACCAGUUAAUUUUUUCCUGGAGUUUUAACUGUUAACUCACUACUUUGCUGCUGUUGAAAUGACACACGGUAUUUGACCUACAGAUUUAUUUUUCAAGAUGUCUCACUGAUUUCCGGUUGCACGAUGUACAUACUUCAGGAUGUAUAGAAAGGAAAGCUACAAUUGAGCCCUUAUAUGUGUUUUAAGAUAGGAAUAUGUUCACUAUUGUUUGAAAAUGGAUUGUUAAGGAUAACCUCAAUUAGGAAGUGUAAACUUGAAGUGUCAGCACGAGCUACUGAUAAACACAUUACCUUCCUCACCUCACCUCCCAUUUUGCACCUUCCCCCGCCAGAAUAUAAUCUUUUCUUCCCUGUUGUGCUAGAAAAUGAAGUGUGUUGUAGAAUGCAUCUAAUGUUAUUAGCUCUUCAAGUGGAUAGAUACUGUUGUACGUGUAACAGCAGAAUUCAGUUUUGAGUUGUUACUGAAGGAACUUAAACAUCUUUUAAAAAGACCUCCUGUUUCAUGGAAAUCUAACAUAUACAUUGUAAUAAUUAGGCUAUUUUCAUCAUAAAAAUCUCAUCACCUUUGCCAAAAGAGGCAGCUGAUUGACUUGUUUGAUAUUUAUCUGCCAUUUUCAUGUAAAUUUUAUAUAUACAGCUAGAGUACCCAAGGAGACCAGUAAAAACAGUUAAGGUGUACCCAAGGAAAGAUGAUAACCAAAGCUACAUGAAACAAAGAAAUAUCUAGUGUGUAUUUCUCAUCUCUAGACAAGUUGAUGUUUAUUGUUUUAUUUAUGAACAAGUGAAGUCGUAGACCAUUGUUGGUUCAGCAAUGGCACAGAAUUUGUCACUUGUUGAGGUCAGCAGCAGAUUGUCUCUGCUGUCAAGCGAUGGGUGUCCUCCGACAGAGUAGUACAACUUUAUUAGUUAGACUCUACUCUUAUAUUUAAGAUAAGUUUUGCGAGAGCUGGGCUGAAGCCACACAUUGAUAACUUGACAAGAUUUCUUUUUUCUUUUUGCAGAAGGGAAAGGGUCACCUGAGAAAUUAUUUUCAGGGACUUUGGGAAUCUAACAAUAACUAUUACAUGGAAUUUAUGAACAGUAAAAUCCUUUAUAUAUUCAUUAAAAUAGUCUGGAAUUCCCCAAUUUGCCAUCACUCCUGGCCACACUUUCCUUUCCUGUUUCAUUGCUUCACGUUCUUGAGAGUAGUAUCUGCAUUCCUUUUAAGGUGUUCUAUCAGUCAUAUUUGUCAGUUACACGGACUAGUCUUCCUUUUUCUCAAGUUCAGUGAAAUCUCACUGGACAGUAAUAAUAGCAAUAGCUAACAACAUCUGCACAGCACCUUACAGUUUGCAAAGAACGUUCACAUUCUUGUUUUGAGUUUGGCCUAGUGAACCUGUUACGAGGUAUCUCUUGACAUCCUUGCUGAAGAUGUUAGAAUCUUUAACUCAGUAGAGUCAUUGAGUAUGCUGUAGUCUUUGAAUAGUGCCCUGACUAGGGGCAGGGAUUAGAUGCGCUAUUUUGAAAGCUGUGUGUAAUUAUCGAAAUGGGGGGCUUGAGUUCUUUAGCCACUUGAAUCAGAUUUACUUUUGUAAGUGAUACUUUUCUAACUGUUAACCUGGAUGGAUUUUGUAUCCAUUAUAUUCUAGCCUGUAAUUUGUAUAAAUUUACCAUCUGUUGUCAUUAAAAAAGUGUUCGUAAUGUGA